UGCUAGAGAAGAGGAAAUAGGAGAAGGAAGAGGAUGGCAUCUUUGUCCGUGAUCCUGUCUUCAUCUAAUUUCUCAUCAAGAUCUGAUGUUUUUGGCAACAAAUUGUUCAAUGGAAGAUCGCUUGCUGUGAAGGGUACUGGGAGGGAGUGGGACUGUAGUAAGAGGGUUAUGAAAGAGGCGAGGUUGAAGGCAAAAAUUGGGGGAGGAGGAGGAGGAGUGGCAAAGUUCAAAGGGACCCAGAUGAGAGAGAAGCAGCUGACAGAGAUGAUAGAGGAGAAAGUCGUAGAAGCAAAGGAAGUGUGCCAGGGAGACGAGACAUCAGACGAGUGCAAGGUGGCAUGGGACGAAGUGGAGGAGGUGAGCCAAGCAAAGGCUGAUUUCCGGCGCAGGUUGGAGAAACAGGAUCCUCUCGAGUACUACUGUCAGGACAAUCCUGAGACCGACGAGUGUCGUGUCUAUGAAGAUUGACUGCGCACCCACGUCCGGCCACCACCAUCCCUAUCAACACCGUCUAGAGAAGCAGGAUCCUCUCUCUAUCUUUAAGAAGGUGUAAUAAUUGUACUGGUGUUUUGCUUCCUCCGAUCCCCUCGUUGUAAAUUACAAACCCCCACCCCACCACUGGUAAUGCCAAGGCAACCAAGAAAUUUUUAUUUUUAAAAUAAGCCAGUCAUAUUUAUCUAUUGAACUGCAUGUUAUCUUUUCUUGUUUAAGAGGAUAAUUUUAAUUAAUAAAUUCUAAAGUACUUGAUCA